GAUGGCGACAAUCAUUGAAAAGAUAAUCAUCCAAUCGGAGGUCACGGUGAAUGAGGUCACGGACGCAUUUAAAAACAAGAUGGUUUCAGCUAGCGUCUCAGAUUCAGGGAGCGAACGCCAAGGACUGGCAGGAGCUUCCGGAUGAAGAAAGACCAAGUUCAGCACCUGGUUUCAGUAAGAAUGGCUGGACCAUGGAGACACCAGAUAAGGUGACGGGUAGGGAAGGGAAGGCUACUGUUCUGUUCUGCAAGUUCACCCACCCUCACCCAGGAUACAAAGGCAACAUCACCAUCACAUGGUUGGAAAAGUGGACAAAAGUGGUACUAUUUAGUUACACAAAUUAUCCAUCGCUAAACCCACAGAGCGGCGGGUUUGAAAAUCUGAUCCACCAGAAUAUUGGUGAGCGUUAUCGAGCGAUGGGGAAUCCGAGAGAGAAUGAUGCCUCCAUAUUGAUCAAACAGCUGACCCUACGCGAUAAUUAUCAGCAAAAUAUUUGUCUUGUGAAUCUGAAGGACUAUUCCAAUGAAACGUCCCAAAGCUCGUUCCAAACAAUUCUUGUGGUAGCAGCUGAUAAGAACAAUAUGGGGCCAGUGACUGGGAAGAAGGGAGAUUCUGUCAUGCUGCCCUGCACCUUCAGUCCUCCUGGCUGGCUUGCUAGCUCCAUCACUGUCCUCUGGAUGAAGGAGAAUCCAUACAAAGAGUCCACUGUCUUUAAUCACACUCGUUCCCUCGGUGCUGGUUCUCGCGACAGUGACUCGGUUACUGUAAACGAAGGAGAUCGAUAUGAACUGAUCGGAAACACAACCCAAGGAGACGCCUCCCUAAGGAUGAGGGACCUGUGGCUGAAUGACUCCAGUGAUUAUUUCUGUCAUGUGCACAUCAAGCACAGGAAAGUGGAAAAGGUGACUCAGGAUGUGAUGAGACUACAGGUUGUUGCCCCAGCUGCUAUCCUGGAGCUGUCAGCUGUGGGCGAUGAUACAACUGGAAAGACCAUCGUGUGCAGGGUUGAAGGGGAGCCACCUGCCAACGUCACGUGGAUCGACCCUGAAAACAGCACGGUGCCCGGGGACAGCAGUGACACAACAGUCACCCGAGUGACGGGCAAACACCAAACCAUAGGAAAGUUCCUUAUCCCGAAGCUGAGAGGGACAUACAGCUGCGUGGCUGUAAACGAACACGGGAGGGACGUCAGUCAGAUCCACUUAGCCAUGGCUGACAAAAAUUACUUGGAUUUCAUAAUCGGAAUGCUGUGCCUGAUCCCGCUGGUUAAAUUUCUCCUCCUUCUGAUAACGGGGAUCAUUCUCUUCAACAAAAUAAAAGAUUAAGUGACCGUUCAACCUGAGGGCUAGAAAACAUCUGUGACCCCCAUAUGACCCUUUGUUGGUCUCCUGUUUCUCUGCACCAGGCACCAAUCCUGAGUAUGAUGCACAAUAUGGCACCUACAGUAUUAGUUUGCCAUGCCUUUUUCUCUGUUAAUAUUUCUCUCUCCAGGCUGAUGCUCCCGCUGCAGUGCUGAGGGGGUGCUGCACUGUCAAAGGCAGGACUUUUCUGAUGGGGUGUUAAACCAAGGCGCCAUCUGACCUUUCAGGUGGACAUAAAAGAUCCCACAGUCACUUGUUUUAAGGGCGGCCAAAUUACUACUAUCGUUGAUAGAGCUGAUCUGCAGACACUUUCUGGGUGGAAACAUUAAGUUUAUUUACAACAUACUCACCAGCAACUACACAUGUGCUUUCAACUCCAACUCUAUCU